GAGUGCAUGUGGACUACACACACAUGAGUAGAGACACGGAGAGACGAGCUGUGUGUGGACUGUAUCGUGAGCCUGGAGUCUUGCACUGAACCAGACAGAGUUAUGUACUGUGCUCAUCCUGUCUCUGGUGCAGGCAACAACUCAUUGAUGUAUUGCUACAACAUGAAACCAGUUUAUGGGCAGUCUCCCACUAAUGACGAAAUCAACCAGAACUCAUCUUUACAUCCGUCCAUCAAGGCCCCCGGCAAUGUGUUGGCAAGCACCUUCUUUGAGGGGACCGGCAAUUCGCCUGACAUCUGGAAUGCUGCAAAUGGGCUGAACCAGCAGGGCUAUGAAGGUGCACUGGGAGCAGCCACAACCCACCAAACACAGCCGGGGAGCUACAACACCCUGCAUCCACCACAUAGUCACCUGGACUACUCUCCACAUUCAGUGAUGACUGCUGAUAUGAACAGAGGUCUCCCUCCAAUGUCCACUUUUCACCGCAAUAAUGCAGCACCACGCACUCCGUCAAUCAGCACCUCAGAGAAUUCAACAGUCUCAGGGAGCCGGAGAAAUGUGUCAGGAGGGUCACAAACAGGCGAUACCUUGGGCAAAGCUCUGGCCUCUAUUUACUCCCCCGAUCACACCAGCAGCAGCUUCCCCUCCAGUUCAUCCACACCGGUGAGGUCGCCAUCCCCGCUGCCAAAUACAGCUGAAGCUGGAGGUAACAACAUGUGGUCGAGGGGUUCAGUUCAGGCACCAGUCUCUCCACAGUAUGAGUCUUCACUUAUAUCAUUGUCUCAGGUGGAGGAUCGUCUAGACAGACUGGAUGAUGUGAUCCAUGUCCUGAGGAACCACGCUGUGGGUCCCACGGCGGCCGGCCUGCCCAAUGACAUCCAUGGCCUCCUGAACCAGACCCACCACGGCCACCCGGAAUCUGCCAGCACUCUACCACUCACCUGUCACACUCCAGCCAUGGUGGAAGCUGUCAGUAUGAACAACAACCACUCAGCCUUCCAGAGCCGCACACAAAAUGGUCACCCAUACCCAGCCAGACAGAGGGCCACGCUUCAGUCCAUGCAAGCUGGAGGCCGAGGAGGCCUGGGUGUCCAGAGUGCUUUGGAGCUGAAGAUGGAAAGCGGGGAAAGGGAAGAGAUGAUACACACCAAUCACAGUCACAGCUCUGACAGCCAGAGAUCAGAUGAGGAGAGUGAACACAAACCACAAGGAGAAAACAGUGGAGGGAACAGUGUCCACGAGGAUGAGGACCUGAGUCCGGAGCAGAAGGCCGAACGCGAGCGUGAGAGGAGGAUGGCCAACAAUGCUCGUGAACGUUUGCGCGUGCGGGACAUCAACGAGGCCUUUAAGGAGCUGGGUCACAUGUGUCAGCUGCACCUGAAGAGCGAGAAGCCACAGACCAAGCUGCUGGUGCUGCACCAGGCCGUGGCAGUGAUCCUCAGCCUGGAACAACAAGUCAGAGAGAGGAACCUGAACCCAAAGGCGGCGUGUCUGCGGAGGAGAGAGGAGGAGAAGGCGUCUGCGGUCAUGACGGAUCCACAAUCCAUGCAUCUCGCUUUUCACCCCAAUCUGACAGACCCAGGAAACCCCAUGGGCCACCUCUGAGCAUCUGAUAGUGGCUACAUCAAAUCCAGCAUCAAAUGUUGAAUGAAGAAUAUCCCAGGAGCGUCCAGCUGUUUGUGGAUGUCCAGUGUUUCUUCUGAAUUUGGACCAGACCAGCGGAGAGGUCAGCCUCUUCGUUCGGAAAGCGUGAUGCAGUUGAACAAUCAUCUCCUCACUUCCCAAACGGACUUCCAAUUUUGUGCCUAAAGUUUACUUGUAAGAGACAAAUGCAUUGUAAGCUGCCGAUGUUUUGUACAUAUUUUGUAUAUUUAUUGAUUAUCUGUCUGUUUGGAUUUAUCUGAAAGGAUGAAACCCAGUAGUGACAAGAUGUCAUCUGCAGAGCUUUUACAGUGUAUCACUAUUUAUCACGUACACUCGGGAUUUCCACAGAGCUCAGAGGACUGACAUUCCCACCUUUGUGUGUUCAGACAAGGGAUUUCAUUUGUCCUGUGUGUGUGUGUGUGUGUGUGUGUGUGUGUGUUGCAGGAGUUUGACCAUUCUGUGAAUGAACAGAUCUCCGAGAAUGUUCUUUAACAUGUGGGCAUCGUCAGUUAUUUGUAUAUUAGUUAUAAAUUUGUGUUAUAGCACUGUUAUUACACUUAAAGACACGCUGUUGGACAGCAGCCCUCUUCUUCUCAGUGUAACUCUUCAGAUGUAGUCGAAGCUCUUUGCAUGUUUGAGUUUUUAAUAGAGGAUUUCAGCUUUUUUCUAAGUUAUGUAACUUAUCUUUUAUACAAAUAUUGUGAAUUUCAUAUUGUCUCUAUUUACUUUUACCAACUCAGAUUUUACACAAGAAAACCCGUUUUUUUGUGCAGUUUUACUAGACAUAGCCACAUUUCAUGCUCGGAGCAGUAUUACAGAAUAAUCAAUGUCUUGUUUGUUUAUCACACUGCUGAACAAGUGAAUAAAUAAUAAUAAUAAUAAUAAUAAUCAAAAAUAAUCUGAAAUACUCCUAUCAUAACAUGUACAGUAUGUGUACAGUUUGAAGUAGCCUACAGGCAUGUGUCAAAAUGAUAA